AUGUUUGGGGCAGAGGUAAUCAAGCAGCACGAGACUUACCUAGGCCUCCCAUCCCUUGUUGGCCGCUCUAAGGUGAACAUUUUCCAUGCACUUAAGGAAAGGCUUGACAAGAAACUAUUGGGUGGGAAGGAAAAAAAUUUUUCUCAAGCGGGGAAGGAAAUUCUUAUUAAAGCAGUGGCACAGGCUAUAACCACUUACACUAUGAGUGUCUUCAAACUCCCUGACACACUUUGUGAUGACUUGACUAGCAUAGUUCUUCGGUUUUGGUGGGGACAAUCAAAUGGAAAAAACAAGAUGGCAUGGCUUAGUUGGAAUAAAAUUUGCACUCCGAAACAAGAUGGUGGCCUUGGCUUCUGUGACCUACCGGCCUUUAACUUGGCACUUUUGGCCAAACAAGGUUGGCGUUUGCAAACAAACACGCACUCCCUCCUGCAUCGUGUCUUCAAAGCACGCUAUUUUCCGAAUAGCGACUUUCUCCAUGCUGAACUAGGUCUAAAGCCAUCGUAUGCAUGGCGUAGCAUUAUGGCAGCAUAG